AUGGUGAGGAGGACGAUGGUGCUGAGUACCGAGUGGGCGCAGGUGGAAGUCGUCGAUCUUACUAACGACGGCAAUGGGCUCGGCUUCAACUUGGUCGGCGGUCGGAGUACGGGCGUCGUGAUCAAGUAUGUGCUGCCGGGAGGCAUCGCUGACAAGGACGGGCGGUUGCAGAGCGGUGAUCACGUGCUUCAGGUCGGAUCGGUGAAUUUGCGCGGCUUCACCUCGGAGCAAGUUGCGGCCGUGUUGCGUCAGGCAGGCCCCGCUGUUAGACUACUGGUUGCGCGGCCGGCCGACCCAGCCGCCGCCCUUCGAGCUCCCUUACCUGGCACUGCACUCGUACCCACUAAACUUCUCACUGAUCCAGAACUGCUUGACCGCCAUCUCAUAGAGAGUGGUUACGGAGCAGUAUACGACCUGUCCCAGUGCUACACAGAGUACAUCAAUGGUCAGAAUGGCGACGUCGAGUCAGUGGCGGCAGCUGUCAGUAUCAUUGGUGAUAAUCCUCAACAGAUACCUGAUCAUCCAAUAGUAGAUCAAUCUAUAUCACCCACCAUAACAAUUACUGUGCCAGUAGAACUACCACCUCUACCUGAAGUUGAGAUUGUCCAUGUAGACUUGAAUAAAAACGUCUAUGGAUUGGGCAUUACAGUUGCAGGUUAUGUGUGUGAAAAAGAGGAAUUGUCUGGUAUAUUUGUCAAGAGUAUUAUAGAAGGUAGUAGUGCUGACCAAAGUGGCAAAAUUAAGUUAAAUGAUAGAAUCAUUGAAGUUGAUGGCGUUUCAUUGGCAGAUAAAAGUAAUCCUCAAGCAGUGGAAAUAUUACGGAACACGGGCAUAUCAGUUCACUUGGUUUUAGAGAGGUAUCUGAGGGGUCCAAAGUUUGAACAUUUACAACUAGCUAUAUUUAAUGAGGAAAGACCCACCUCCCCAUCACCUUCAACAACCACACUCUCUUGGUUUCCAGUCCCAUCACAGGCUGAAAAUAGUAUAACAGAAAUUGAACCUGAACCUGAAUCAAACACUACUAUUGAUUCCAGUGUCUUGGAAGUUGGUGAAAAUGAGGUCAAUGAACCAACUCAAGAAGAGUUAGAUAAAAGGUUUGAUGCAAUAUUGGCUAUUAAUGUAGAAGAUAUAAAGCGAAAGUGGCAAGAGGAAAUAGGACCUGGUAAGCAAAUAAUAAUAGCUGAAAUUAAUAAAUUGUCUGGUUUAGGAAUCAGUCUAGAAGGUACUGUGGAUGUAGAAGGUGGUCAGGAAGUAAGACCACAUCAUUAUAUUAGAUCAGUCCUUCCCGAUGGUCCUGUUGGACAACAAGGCUUUUUGAAUGCUGGUGAUGAACUUCUAGAAGCAAAUGAAUAUAGACUCCAUGGUUUAACCCAUACAGAGGUAGUUAAUAUCUUGAAGCAGCUUCCAAAUCGUGUGCGAUUAGUCUGUGCGAGAAGCAAUACUGAUAGUGGACCUAGACCCUUGGUAAACUUAGCACCUGAUAGAGAAGGAUUUGAGGCAAGAAAAAUAAUUUCCGGUAGUCUCAAUAACCUCACUACAAUAGUAAAAGCCCAAUCGGAUACUUCUAUUAACACAUCAAGCACAGCAACCCUUACCAAUCAUUCGGAAUUAUCAAAAAAAUCAAGGUCCCUUGAGUGUGUAUCAGGUCUGGCGAUGUGGCAGAGUAAAGAAGAUAUAGUUGAAUUGGUAAAAGGAGACCAGGGAUUAGGAUUUUCUAUACUAGACUACCAGGACCCCAUAGAUCCCCAAGGAACAGUAAUUGUUGUAAGGAGCCUGGUACCAGGAGGUGUAGCAGAGAAAAAUGGUGAAAUAUCACCUGGUGACCAAGUGGUGUCAGUCAAUGGAGUAAGAAUUAAGAAUGCAACUUUAGAUCAAGCAGUGCAAGCAUUAAAAGGAUCACCUAGGGGUAUUGUAAGGGUUGGCAUUGCCAGACCAUUGCCCCCGCACGACUCAUCUAAAUCAAAAAGUACAACAACACUGAACAAGCAGAGU